AUGACUCACACCAACCUUACCAUCUUCCACCCUGCAGUUUUUGUCCUACUUGGCAUCCCUGGGCUGGAGGCUUAUCACAUUUGGCUGUCAAUCCCCCUCUGCCUCAUGUACAUCAGUGCAGUCCUGGGAAAUAGCCUCCUGAUGGUGGUCAUCAUCACAGAACACACCCUCCAUGAGCCCAUGUACUUCUUCCUCUCCAUGCUGGCCAUGACGGACAUCCUGCUGUCCACCACCACUGUGCCCAAGGCCCUAGCCAUCUUCUGGCUCCAUGCUCAUGACAUUGUCUUUGAUGCCUGUGUCACUCAAGUCUUCUUUGUCCAUGUGAUGUUUGUGGGGGAGUCAGCCAUCCUAUUGGCUAUGACCUUUGACUGCUUUGUGGCCAUCUGUGCACCCCUGAGAUAUACAGCGGUGCUAACAUGGUUUGUUGUGAGAGGGAUUGCUCUGGGCAUUGUUACUUGAAGUUUCUGCAUCGUCUUCCCAGUGAUCUUCUUUCUGAAGCACCUGCCCUUCUGUGGGACCAACACUGUCCCCCAUUCCUAUUGUGAGCAUAUUGGAGUGGCUUGCUUAGCCUGUGCUGACAUCACUGUCAACAUCUGAUAUGGCUUCUCAGUGCCCAUUGUCAUGGUCAUCUUGGAUGUGAUCCUCAUUGCUGUGUCCUACUCACUUAUCCUCUGAGCGGUAUUUCAUUUGCCCUCCAAGGAUGCUCGGCGUAAGGCCCUCAGCACUUGUGGAUCCCACCUCUGUGUCAUACUCAUGUUUUAUAUUCCAUCCUUCUUCACCUUAUUGACCCAUCGCUUUGGACGUAACAUUCCUCGACAUGUCCAUAUCCUGCUGGCCAAUCUUUACGUGGUAGUGCCACCAGUGCUUAACCCCGUUGUCUAUGGUGUGAAGACUAAGCAGAUCAGGGAGAGUGUAGCCCGUCGGUUGUUUGAGAUUAAGGCUUGGUGCUGUGCCUCCCCUUUGGGCUGA